GUUGACACAAACGAUGCACCAUGAAUGACUCCCUGUCCACCAUCAACUCUUACAUUGUUGUUGUUGUUUACAGCCUGAGUGUUGACACAAACGAUGCACCAUAAAUGACUCCCUGUCCACCAUCAACUCUUACAUUGUUGUUGUUUAUUGCCCAAGUGUUGACACAAACGAUGCACCAUGAAUGACUCCCUGUCCACCAUCAACUCUUACAUUGUUGUUGUUGUUUACAGCCUGAGUGUUGACACAAACGAUGCACCAUGAAUGACUCCCUGUCCACCAUCAACUCUUACAUUGUUGUUGUUGUUUAUAGCCCGAGUGUUGACACAAACGAUGCACCAUCAUGAAUGACUCCCUGUCCACCAUCAACUCUUACAUUGUUGUUGUUGUUUAUAGCCCGAGUGUUGACACAAACGAUGCACCAUGAAUGACUCCCUGUCCACCAUCAACUCUUACAUUGUUGUUGUUUGUUUUUAGCCCGAGUGUUGACACAAACGAUGCACCAUGAAUGACUCCCUGUCCACCAUCAAUUUGGAACAUCUUGGCAACUCUGCCAGCAACGUCAUCGGCACCAGUCAUGUGACCCUUCCCACAAUUCCUCAGGCACCAUCUGGAACAGGAAUUCCUGUGUCCAUAGCCAACAUCCCGGUCACUCUGAGCUCAGGACUGACCACCACCAUCCCCAUGUUGUUCCCUCUGGAGAGGCCGAUGGUCAACAACCUGACCAGUGUCCAGAACACGCCGGUGGGGCUGGACAAGAGUCUCACACUGGACAUCACUUCUCUCCGACAAAUGUCGUCUGGGACUCUUCAGUUACCAGUUGUGUCAGAGACCCUUCCAUCAUCACUGCUGUCUUCUGUCAACCCUUCAGACUUACUGACGACCAGUCUCACCCUCAUCGCUGCAACAACCACACUAACAACCAGCACAGCAGCCCUCCCUCCCAUCAACACUCAUGUUGUCAACCAACAAAACAUUCUGCAGGGAGGGAACACAUCUACCGUGAAUGUGACAACAGUCCCGAUGUCGAGUAUCUCCGUUUUCCCAAACUCAAACAACCUGACGGUCACGACGUGCAGUGUACUGGAAUCACUUCUCCAGCCAACCAUUCAGAACCACGUUCCCGUGGGUAGCGGGGAACGAUCGCUCGAGGCAGUCGCCAGGCAGUUGGAGGAAGAACUGAACGAACCAAUCAAAACAGACUUCUGGUGUGUAAGUUGUGAGAAGGCCUACCCUACUGUAUGUACCCUCCAUGGAGUACCUAACAUGGUACAGGACACACCUAUAGAGUCCCAUGCCAGAAUGACUCUACCCAGGGACCUGGCUCUUCAACCUUCUAAUAUCACUACUUCAGGAACAGGGGUAUUUACUAGAACAGCCAUCCAAGCCAGAACCCAGUUUGGUCCUCUUCAGGGUAAGAUUGUGAAGAAGUCAGAUGUGGAGAGUGAGUCUGACUGGACCAAUAUGUGGGAGAUUUUUAGAGACGAGCGCUCCAGUCAUUUUAUUGAUGCGAGAGAUGAGAACGAGGCCAACUGGAUGAUGUUCGUGAAACGUGCGCGAACGUCGCUGGAACAGAACCUGGUGGCACACCAGUGUGGGGGGGACAUCUUCUUCACUUCCUGUAAGGACAUAGCCGAGGGGGACGAACUUCUCAUGUGGUUUGCUGGGAACUAUGCAAAACUAACAGGUAGGAAAACAGAAUGCGUUACAAGCAAGCCAGAGCAGUCUUACAAGUGCUGCAGCUGUGAGCGCCAGUUUGCGGACCUCGGUGCUCUGGGCCGACACACCAAGUACGCUCACCCGGACAUGACCGGUCGCAAGUGGAAGUGUGACCUGUGUGAGCGUGCCUUUACCUCUUCAAGCAAACUUCAGGUACAUAUAAUGGUGCACACCAAAGUGAAACCUCACAAGUGUAACUACUGUGAGAAAACCUUUACAGAUCCCAGCAACUUAAGAACUCAUCUCACAAUACACACAGGAGUGAAGAAGCAUGCCUGUUCUGUGUGUAACAAGACGUUCCGGCAAAAGGCUCACCUACUGUCACACAUGGUCACUCAUACUGGUGAGAAGAAGAUGAAGUGCCAGUUUUGUGACAAGAUGUUCUCGCGACAGUCUGACGUCAAGCAGCACAUGUACAUGCACACGAGAGACCGCGAGGUCAAGUGUGAGGAAUGUGGCAAGAUCUUCUGGCGUCUGCAGCACCUAAAAAAACACAUGAAGUCCCACACGGGCGAACGCAACUUCCCCUGCGACCGUUGUAACAAAGCGUUCUUUACGAAAUACCACCUUAACAGGCACAAGAAAGCGUGCAAAGGACGAAACGCACAGCAGAAUACGGACGUUGUCCGCGUAGUCAUUUCCGAGAUGGCCCCUAAUGGGGGACCGACUCAAAACGUUGAUGUCACCCGUGGUAAAACCUCCAAGAAGCAGCAAAGGAGACAAAACACUAAGACUCGUGCAUCAGCACUGCAGUUCCCGACUGAUCUGUUAGGGGGCGCUGAACAACAUGGAGUUCAAAUGGUAGACAGCAAUGACUUGAUAUGCAAUGGGAACAACAAUGGAGGGAUUGUAAUGCCUGUUCCCAUCGUACCGAACAUUGUGAACACGACCGGCGGCCUCAUGCCCCAGGUCAUCAUUCAAGGUCAACAGGUCACACCAGUGUCAGAGGUCGAAGUUCAACAACAAAGAUAGCAAUUGCCACCAAUAGUUUAAACCUUAUUCGCACAUAGUCGACUAUGACCUCCCGGCCUUCUCUAGACCAUGGUUGGUAGUUAGUCAUGA